CCGUGGCCAACACGGCCAGUUGCAGAGGCCGACAUAACAGAUCUGCAAACAUCAGUCGCCGUCAGGCACACGAAACGUUCAUUGUCCUAUCAUAGGGCGCGACAGCGUUGGGGAUGCCGGCGGCCGUCAUGACGCUGGUGGCCGGGCAGGAUGUGGGCGCGACGCAGCUGGCGAUGUUAGGCAGAGGAGGAGCGGGCGAGGGGGGCAUAGGCGAGGGCGGGAGCGGGCUGGGCGGGGCGGGCGAGGGCGGGGCGGGCGAGGGAGGGGCGGGCGAGGGAGGGGCGGGGCUGGGAGGCGCGGGAGACGGCGGCUCGGGCGAGGCAGGGGCGGGCGAGGGAGGAGCGGGGCUGGGAGGCGCGGGAGACGGCGGCUCGGGCGACGGGGGCUCCGGUGAGGGAGGGGCGGGGCUGGGAGGCGCGGGCGACGGCGGCUCGGGCGACGGGGGCUCCGGUGAGGGAGGGGCGGGGCUGGGAGGCUCGGGCGACGGAGGCUCAGGCGACGGAGGCGCAGGCGAGGGAGGGGCGGGCGAGGGAGGCUCGGGCGACGGGGGCUCGGGUGAGGGAGGUGCGGGGCUGGGAGGCGCGGGAGACGGCGGCUCAGGCGAGGGCGGGGCGGGGCUGGGAGGCGCGGGAGAGGGAGGCUCAGGCGAGGGCGGGGCGGGCGAGGGAGGCGCGGGCGAGGGAGGCGCGGGAGAGGGAGGCGCGGGAGAGGGAGGCGCGGGAGAGGGAGGGGCGGGAGAGGGAGGGGCGGGAGAGGGCGGGCUGCUCGCGGAGCAGUCGACAUUGUAGAUGUGCUCGCUGUGAGGGGUGCAGGUGGGGCAGGCGGGGCAGGACCCUAAGAGCAGUGUUUAUUGGAAGGGAGAGCAAGGCAGGAUGCCAGCCACACAUCCGCAGUGAUGGAUGGAGGCACGAGGGCAUAUAUAUGCAAGGCAUGAGCGAUCCAGUUGCAGCAGGCCUAAGUAAGCCUGCUUUC